AUGAGAGCUGUACUACAGAGGGUCACAGGUGCAACUGUACAUGUGGAUGGGAAGUUGAUCUCACGCAUAGGGCCGGGAAUCGUUGCUCUAAUCGGAAUUGGAGUUGAGGAUACAGCUGAAGAGAUUACACCUAUAAGUCAAAAGAUCUUGACGACAAAGUUAUGGAAUGAAGGCCAAAAAGCAUCUCAAAUUGUCGUACCGCCUCAAUAUUCAACUGAUCAAACUACCAACCCAACAACGGACACACCAACAAAACCGGCAGCUGAAGCAAAUGAUGACAUACAAAAGGCGAGAUCCGAACAGGUUUGGGGAGGCAAACCGUGGAAGCAAAAUGUGAUGGAUUUAGAGGGAGAAGUGAUGUGUAUUUCACAAUUCACUUUGCAUGCCAGAUUAUCCAAAGGCACUAAGCCGGAUUUCCACAAAAGUAUGGGUGGAGAACAGGCAAAGAUAUUGUAUGAACAGCUACUAGAACGACUAGGGAAGACUUAUAGACCGGAUCGCAUUAAAGAUGGAGCUUUUGGAGAAAUGAUGCAAUGUUCAUUGACCAAUGACGGUCCAGUCACGAUACUCAUUGAUACUGCUGAUAAUAAAAAGUGA